GUGAUUGGUCCGCUGCUCAGUAGGUUGUUUUGGACGCGCGUGCGUGUGCUUCUGGUGUGAUGCAGGCCCUGGCAGAAUCUGCUGUCAUACAACCGUGGAAGCAUAUGGUGCGUGAGAGCAGUGAGGAGCCGCUGUGGAGCGACAAGCAUGCACCGGAGCGCGUGAGGGUUUCUCCUGACAGGAUGCUGCAGGGCUGCUGCUGCAGGACACACAGCGGGCUGGAGGGACACUUCCUGUUUGUAUGAGAGGACAUGAGUGAGCAGCGAAAUUUGAAGAGUUCGGAUAGCAGUGAGGGGGAGAGUGUUCCUCUGUCUCCCAGCCUCCCCUCCCCUCUCCUCCGACCCUUGCAGGGGGCCCAGCAGGCCCACAGGACCACCAACUUCUUCAUCGAUAACAUUCUGCGGCCGGACUUCGGCUGCAAGAAGGAACCCGACCGGGAGGGUGUUUACCCGGUAUUCAGCAGUGCGAGCAUCCCUGGGACACCGGGCCUGGACUCCUGCUGCAGUAACGACAGCACCUCCUCCUCCUCCUCCUCUGCGUCCUCCAACGCAAGUCCUAAAAAGAGCAAAAGGAGCUGCACAGGAAGCACAGAUGCAGACAUUUCCCCUGAAAGUUACAAUGUUGUGAAAGCAAGUGGGGGGGAGAACACCACCACCACCUCCUCCUCCACCACCACCUCCUCACUAGUGCUCCUGAACGGAAACGGAGCACCUGCUGCAGACAAGAAGUCGCUGCUGUGGCCUGCCUGGGUCUACUGCACCCGGUACUCAGAUAGACCCUCCUCUGGCCCAAGAACGCGGAAACUGAAGAAGUCCCAGAGUGGCCGCGAGGACAAGCGGCCGCGCACGGCCUUCACGGCCGAGCAGCUGCAGAGGCUGAAGACGGAGUUCCAGGUGAACCGUUACAUCACGGAGCAGCGGAGGCAGACUCUGGCCCAAGAGCUGAGCCUGAACGAAUCCCAGAUUAAAAUCUGGUUUCAGAACAAGCGGGCCAAGAUUAAAAAGGCCAGCGGUCUGAAGAACGGACUGGCGCUGCAGCUGAUGGCGCAGGGACUGUACAACCACUCCACCACCACCGUCCAGGAGGACAGGGACAGCGACUGAGCAGCAGCCAGUCCCCACUGGACCAGACCAAAGAUUUUAACAGACAGCCUGAAUCGAAUUCAUCCUUUCAUCCUGCUGCAAUCACGUUGCCUUUGUGCUCCGCCAGCGCGCGCACGGCGCACCACCUCACGAGCCAGAGGCUACCAGGGAGAUCCGAUGUUCAGCUGAAGCACCAAUAGGCUCCUGGCCUCUCCCGGAACUUUGAUUCAAGCAAAUUUGAAAUGAAAAAGAAUUGUUUAUGUUCCUUCUUGGACCCGAGCUGAGCAGGUGUGUAAACAACAAACGGGCACAUCCCAAAUAAUAAAAUGAGCUGUUCGCUCGA